GACCUGUUACCUGGAUUCGAGUUCAGUCUCGUCGUGCGUAUUAAAGUAAUUAGUUGGUGUAUCACUGCUUCACGAAAAUGCGAUCUCGAGCGUCGUGGAAGAAGCUCGAUUGCAUUUUCGCAUUACCGAAAUGGAUCCUCCUUCUCGCCUGUCUCAUUGCAUUAACACCACGUGGCAUUAACGCGCAAAAUAAAAACGAGACGUUCGAAAGUGCAUUCGGAUUGAAUUUACCCGAAUCGAUCGAGAACGAAAGUACGGAGGAGAACUCCAGUUUGCCGCCGCAAACGAAGGAGGCUCCUCUCGAGCUUGAAGAUCUCGCCGUGGAGGAGAAAGAUUUAACUUCCGUUGAGAAGAAAGACGACGUGGAAAGUCCGGUGCAAGUUUUGCCGGAGGUUGAAAAUGCUUUCGCAGCAAAAGGCGAGACCGGGGCGGAUUCGUUCUCCGUUCAAAAAGCUUCCGGUAGAACGGGGCAAGAAAAGUCUGGAAAAUAUGUAAGAUACGAUUCGAAUUUACCCGACGCCUACAGGUUCGCACCUCGUCCGGAUGACGAUCAACCUUUUUAUAAACUUGAUGAUAACAGGUUGAAAUUGAUUCGAUCGGAGUUUAUGUAUUGGUACUUCGAUAAGGGUGGCAACGAUGAAAAGGGCGAUUACCAAUCGGCUCUGCAGGCGACAAAUCUGCAGAUCCAUAAAAAUCUAAAUUUUCAAUUGCCCUUCUUCGGUUUUAGAUUCAACUACACAAGAUUAACUGUUAAUGGGUACUUGGAGUUUAGCGAUCCGCCGGAGCAUCUUACGUACCCUCUUGUCUUUCCCAUUAAAGACUGGCCUAAAAAGAAUGAUCCUAGCUUCAUUGGCAUUUUUUUCAGUAAAUGUCGCAUAGGAUUGAUAAGAGAAAAUGAUAUCGAUCGCAGGAAACCGGGGGUGUACUUCAGGCUCGAGAGGGAUUUGCAAGGGAGAACCGAUCAGUUCGGCGUGGAGAUGCGAGAGCGUGUCAUGUGGGACAUCCGCGAGGGUGUUGUCGGCGCCGAUUCGUUCAUCCCCAAACACGCUCUUAUUGCAACCUGGAAGAAUAUGUCUUUCACAGGUGGUAUCGACCAGUCUCUUCACAGAACCAACACGUUCCAGCUGGUCUUGGCCACCGACGAGGUCUUCACUUACGCUAUUUUCAAUUAUCUCAAUAUUCAAUGGACGAGUCAUACCGAAGCGGGCGGUGAUACGACACAAGGCGAGAAUGGAGUCCCUGCAUAUGUGGGAUUUAACGCUGGAAACGGUACUCAGAGUUACGAGUAUAAGCCUUAUUCUCAAGCGACCACGAUCCGCGACUUAACGAGUAGGGGAUGGGCGAACGGUUUCCCGGGACGGCACAUUUUCAGGAUAGACGAAAAAAUAAUGCUGGGCACUUGCAAUAAGGACAUAGCUGGAGCUCAUCUGCCGCUGGUUUUCGCACCGGAGUCUGGGAACAUGUUGGGUGGCACCGUUGUCAACAUCACCGGGCCGUGUUUCAACGAGAGUCAGAAGAUCAAGUGCCGUUUUGAGAACGAGGUAGUGAUGGGCACGGUGAUAGACAGAAAUCGCGCGAUUUGCGUACAGCCGUUUUUGAAGUACGAAGGCUACAUACGGUUCUACGUCGCCAUCGACAGUGGCACUUACGAUUGGAAAGGAAAAUAUUUCGUCGAAACUCCCGCAACGGCGACAGAGAGGAUUUUCUUCACCGAUAAAGAGGCCGUUCACUUGAAGGACCCCGCGGAAAUAAAAAUCACAUGGAACGCGUACAAUUUAACUACCAAUUUGGGAGCGGGGAUACAUAUAUCGUUAUGGGGAUACAGGGAAACCAAGACAAGACCCGAGUUUGAACACAUAACAGUUCUGGAUAGCUCGUAUACCAAUGUUGGUAAUUACGUCAUCAAACCAGCCAAAUACCGAGACGCGUAUAAUCCGUAUCACUUGGACAUGGUGUUUGGUUUUAUUCAGAUCAACUUGACCGAACCGCACUUGUAUUCCGGACUGUCAAUAACGCCGAGCCUGUGGAGCAGGCCGAUUCCACUGGGUUGGUACUUUGGCCCACAAUGGGAACGGCAAUAUGGGUCGAAAUGGCCUCAGAAAGUCUGCGACAAAUGGAUUAUGCAUGAUCGGUAUCUCAAAAACUUUGCGGCUGAAGUAGCGCUUUGUCCUUGCAUCCUGGAUCACGCUUUGUACGACAAAGGUCGCUUCCUUCCGGAUCACAAUUGCGACAAGGAUUCGAAUAUAGACUGCUAUUAUAAUCAGUAUGCGUCUCACUGCGUGAGGACAGGUGCGCCCAACAUGGACGGUUCGGAGCAACAAUGUUGUUACGAUAAAAACGGUUAUCUGAUGCUGACUUAUGACCAGCAAUGGGGAUCGCGACCGCACCGAUCUCACAAUUUGGGCUUCUUCCCGUGGAAUGAGGCUAACAAAGUUCCGACUCUCUCGCAUUGGUGGCACGACGUGGUGCCUAUGUAUGCAUGUUGUCUCUGGCAGGAAGAACAGGCUGUCGGUUGCGAGACGUUCCGAUUCGAAAGAAGACCGUCACAGGAUUGCAUAGCCUAUCAAUCGCCGGGGGUGGCGACAGUAUUCGGCGAUCCUCACUUUGUGACGUUUGACGGUGUGGAGUACACCUUCAACGGCAAAGGCGAAUUCGUUCUAUUACGAGUAAACGAUAUCAGAGAUAAACUCGAUAUACAAGGUAGAUUCGAGCAAUUGCCGAACAACAUUUACGGUCAAGUGAUGGCGACGCAUCUCACCUCGAUAUCAGUGAGAGGUAAUAAUUCGGCUACCAUCGAGGUUCGUUUGAGACCUAAAGACGCACAAUGGCGAUAUCGGCUCGAUGUCUUCGCGGAUGGUCAAAGAAUAUACUUUGAUAGGCAAUCCUUAAAAUUCCAACAUUUCGCCGGGGUCGUCGUUUACACUCCUACAUAUAUUUUGAAUCAGAGCGAGGUCAUUAUUAUGCUCGACACUGGUGCUGGAGUAGAAGUCGUAGAGAACGAGGGGUUCCUAUCCGCUCGAACGUAUCUACCAUGGUCAUAUGUGAAUAAAACUAGAGGAUUGUUUGGCAUUUGGAAUUUUGACCGCAUAGAUGAUCUGACAAAUCCACACGGAUAUCAAGUCCCAAUUACUAGCGUGAAUCAUUCAGAGACCAUUCACAGAGAUUUCGCGAUACAUUGGAUGUUGGAAGACAAGGAGACCCAAAUGUUAGGAGCGGGUUUAUUCCACAGGGAGUUCGGUAGAACGGCGAGCUAUUAUGCUAAUCGCACGUUCGAGCCAGAAUUUCGAAAAUAUCCGAUGGAGAUACUCCCAGUGAAUAGGACGCAUGACAUAAACCGCGCGAUUGAUCUGUGCGGCGAAUCGUAUCAGUGUCAGUAUGAUUACACUAUGACGUUGAAUCGAGAUUUAGCGCACUUUACCCGAAAUUAUUACGAUACCUACACGCAAAUCCGAGCGUUGAAUAGUAAAGAAAUUGUAUCCUGCGGUAUACUGGAAACGCCACGGUUUGGUCGCAAGAGCAACUUUCUAUUUAUCCCGGGCACAAAAGUCAGCUUCGAAUGCAAUCAGGAUUUCAUAUUGAUCGGCGAUCAACGUCGAGUAUGCACGCCAGAGGGACAAUGGAACACCCCGGAAUACGGAUACACGGAAUGCCUUCGUCACAUCGAGUACGUUCAGCGUACAGCGUGGACCGUAAUGGGCAUUAUUUGCGCCGUGUUAAUACCCGUGGUGGCCUGCAUCGUCGGCGGCUUUAUUUAUGUAAGAAGGAACCACUCGCGGGAGAGUUCGAUGAAAUCUUGGCGUUAUUCCGAGCGCGAUUCUGGUAUCGACAAUGAAUCCACGUUGAGGCAGAACGCGCCGUUAAAGUCGUAUGACGAUAGGGCCAUUACUCCAAUUAGCGACACUAGCACAAUUGAAACUAAUAGCGGCACUAGGAAGCGCCGUAGUUAUGACAAAGUGUACCGCACCCACGAACCCUUACCCAACAGACCGAAUAUUGAUUUCGAGGAUAAAGAAUGGGAUCUGAAGGAUCCCAUUUCGCCCGCGGGGUCGGACUCGGGCACGGAUUCGAUUAGAAAAACAGGCAGCCCUACGAAAGAGAGCGACGUUUAGAUUAUGAUAUUCAUCUCUUAAUAUAGUACAUAACAGUUGUAGUAGAAACAAUAUAUUUUGAUAUAUUCUGCUCAGAUGAAACUGCUUUAUUUGCACGCGUCAUUUGAGUCAGUAUGUAUGUGUAUAUGUGACCAUGACAAUGUACCUUGAUUCCAAUUUCAAAUAAUAUACAUUUUGCACACAUAUAAAAUUUAUCUGUCGCAAUAUAUAUAUCUAUAUAUCGAGCAUAAAAUUAAUUUAACGCGCGAUUGAUCAAAAUCAAGUUUGAUCAAAGUUUAGCAUAAAAACAGCUGCUGCUGAUCAUUUCUUUUUAUAGAAGAUUUAGAUGAUAUUCCGAACAUAACUCCAUUAUCAUUUCCGUAUACGUUCAGUGCCGUUUUGGUGUUUUGUAGAUAAUAGAUAUAUUAUAUAUAUAUAUAUAUAUAUAUAUACUGUUCUUGCUGUGGAAUAGAAAUAGUUACACUAGUUACAGUAUUAAUUACAUUCAGAGUGCACAUAUUAUUUCACUUAUAUGUAUGUACAUAAUGACAACCUCUCAAUUAACAUAAUAAAUCAAACAUUAUGUGGCUCUAAGCAACGGUUAAAUGCAAUAGCAACUCUAUUUAACUGUAUAAUCGGUUUAUAUAAUUGCAACGCUAGUGCUUAAUCACAUAUACUUGUGUUCACGUAUUGUAAGAGUCUUAAUAAAAUUUUAUACAUCAUUAAACGA